AUGGUAUAUUAUGCAUUUACUUCAGGUAGAUAUUCAGGUUAUCUCAGCAUUGUAAUGAGCGUCGUAGCAUUCCUAUUGUUUACCGACAUGUGCAUAUAUUGGAUACAUCGUUGGCUGCACCACAAGUACGUCUACAAACAUAUUCACAAGUAUCAUCACAUGUGGAAAGUGCCGACUCCGUUCGCCAGUCAUGCGUUUCACCCUAUCGACGGGUUUCUCCAGAGCUGUCCAUAUCAUAUUUAUGCAUUCCUGUUUCCAUUAAAUAAAUACGUUUAUCUCAUGAUGUUCAUGUUCGUAAACGUUUGGACCGUCAGUAUUCACGAUGGAGAUUACCGAGUGCCAAAACUUUUGGAACCGUUUGUGAAUGGAUCGGCGCAUCACACUGAUCAUCACCUUUUAUAUAACUACAAUUAUGGUCAGUUUUUCACACUGUGGGAUAGAAUUGGAGACUCGUUUAGAACGCCAUCGUCAUUUGAAGGGAAAGGACCGAUGGUGGAAGUUAAUCGAGUAUUAAAUGAAAGGCAGAAAACUGCGAAAGAACAGUCAAGGAUUAGUACCCCGGAAACACCUAACCACGACUAUAACUUACGUAAACGCUAACAGUUAAUGCGAUAUAUAAACAGAGAACUGUUACACAAUAAUUAUCAUAAAAAUUAACAAUCAUACACAAGAUUAAGAACCUAAGUUAAAGCAUAGAGUAAUUAAGUUGAAGGAAUUAGAGUGGUGAUAUUUAUAUAUAAAAAUAUAGUUUAUUUUCAUUUAUUUACUUCUGGUAAUACGGUACCGUACUUUAUUUCGAAAUGAUUAAUGAAAAGAUAUUGUCUUAUCUAAUUUACACUAAAUAAUUCUUUUCUCAUUUAUGUUAAAUUUUAUCUUAUAGUUUUUAUAAAUUAAAAAAUGACACUGUUAUGUAAUGUAGAGUUUAACUACAAAGUCGUUCAACUGUCAGGAAAGUUUAAUGCACUGGACACUGUAUAAUCGAGGCGAGUUUCGACACAAAUACAAGAACUAAUGUAGGCCUUUAUAAGCAAGACUUUUCAGAACCACUUAAUUAAGAUGCGUACGGUAACAAAUGUAUGCAUAACUGGUGGUUAAAGCUGCCUGACAAUGCUUAAGUCUAACGCAUCAAAUACCUUUUCCUAAUAAACAACUGAUUGAUAGCGGAACAGUCUGGAGGUGAAAACAUACGCUGGUGUAACCUAAGUUUUACCGGCGAGUUCUGUCGGACAGUGGAUACGAUGUACUGCACCAAAUUGAGGACAUUUGGCCUAAAAACAGGCAAACUAAAGUCGGCUUAUCCUAGAUGACAUGACCACUCUGCGUUUUUAAAAAUGCCUGCAAAGUUUAAUUGUCGGAAAUGACGCAAAUAUAUUUUAUGAGAUUUUUUAUGAAAGAACACAAUUAGGCUCCUAUGUAUAUUUUGAUUUGUAUAAGAGUGUUGAAUGAUUCAAUUUUAAUCAGCAAAUCAUACUAUAUUUUUUUUAAAUGUGCAAUUAGAAAACUUUUAAAUUGUCUUUCCGAUUGAUGUGUUAAAAAAGUUCAAAUACAAAUUUCUUCAAAACUUU